UUCUGCUCACACUGCCCUACCCUGUGCUCUGACCUCUUUCUCCCCUCUCUCUCCAGAUGAAAUCUCGCGUCUUGUGACGGCCGGCCGCCCAACAACCUGCCCGCUUGACCCUAUCCCCUCCUCUCUUCUCCAGACCAUUUCCGGAGACCUUCUCCCUUACCUCACCUCGCUCAUCAACUCAUCCCUGACCGCUGGCUACGUCCCUUCCGUCUUCAAGAGAGCGAGAGUUGCACCCCUUCUGAAAAAAACUACACUCGAUCCCUCCGAUGUCAACAACUACAGACCAGUAUCCCUUCUUUCUUUUCUCUCCAAAACUCUUGAACGUGCCGUCCUUGGCCAGCUCUCCCGCUAUCUCUCUCUGAAUGACCUUCUUGAUCCAAAUCAGUCAGGUUUCAAGACUAGUCAUUCAACUGAGACUGCUCUUCUCUGUAUCACGGAGGCGCUCUGCACUGCUAAAGCUAACUCUCUCUCCUCUGCUCUCAUCCUUCUAGACCUAUCGGCUGCCUUCGAUACUGUGAACCAUCAGAUCCUCCUCUCCACCCUCUCCGAGUUGGGCAUCUCCGGCGCGGCCCACGCUUGGAUUGCGUCCUACCUGACAGGUCGCUCCUACCAGGUGGCGUGGCGAGAAUCUGUCUCCUCACCACGCGCUCUCACCACUGGUGUCCCCCAGGGCUCUGUUCUAGGCCCUCUCCUAUUCUCGCUAUACACCAAGUCACUUGGCUCUGUCAUAACCUCACAUGGUCUCCCCUAUCAUUGCUAUGCAGAUGACACACAAUUAAUCUUCUCCUUUCCCCCUUCUGAUGACCAGGUGGCGAAUCGCAUCUCUGCAUGUCUGGCAGACAUAUCAGUGUGGAUGACGGAUCACCACCUCAAGCUGAACCUCGGCAAGACGGAGCUGCUCUUCCUCCCGGGGAAGGACUGCCCGUUCCAUGAUCUCGCCAUCACGGUUGACAACUCCAUUGUGUCCUCCUCCCAGAGCGCUAAGAACCUUGGCGUGAUCCUGGACAACACCCUGUCGUUCUCAACUAACAUCAAGGCGGUGGCCCGUUCCUGUAGGUUCAUGCUCUACAACAUCCGCAGAGUACGACCCUGCCUCACACAGGAAGCGGCGCAGGUCCUAAUCCAGGCACUUGUCAUCUCCCGUCUGGAUUACUGCAACUCGCUGUUGGCUGGGCUCCCUGCCUGUGCCAUUAAACCCCUACAACUCAUCCAGAACGCCGCAGCCCGUCUGGUGUUCAACCUUCCCAAGUUCUCUCACGUCACCCCGCUCCUCCGCUCUCUCCACUGGCUUCCAGUUGAAGCUCGCAUCCGCUACAAGACCAUGGUGCUUGCCUACGGAGCUGUGAGGGGAAAGGCACCUCAGUACCUCCAGGCUCUGAUCAGGCCCUACACCCAAACAAGGGCACUGCGUUCAUCCACCUCUGGCCUGCUCACCUCCCUACCACUGAGGAAGUACAGUUCCCGCUCAGCCCAGUCAAAACUGUUCGCUGCUCUGGCCCCCCAAUGGUGGAACAAACUCCCUCACGACGCCAGGACAGCGGAGUCAAUCACCACCUUCCGGAGACACCUGAAACCCCACCUCUUUAAGGAAUACCUAGGAUAGGAUAAGUAAUCCUUCUCACCCCCCCCCUUUAAGAUUUAGAUGCACUAUUGUAAAGUGACUGUUCUACUGGAUGUCAUAAGAUGAAUGCACCAAUUUGUAAGUCGCUCUGGAUAAGAGCGUCUGCUAAAUGACUUAAAUGUAAUGUAAAUGUAAAAGCUGGACUGGCGAGUGUUAUCCAGGUUAAAAAAAACUAACAGUGACUAAAUAGCUUGUAGCUAGUUAGCUGGUUAGCGUCUGGAGGUUCUUGAGUGUGUUCUAAAAAAUUAAAAAUAAUAGCGAUUCCGUAUCACAAUGGGGUGAGGCAGGUUUCCGGAAGGUACAAACAAUUUAAAAAUCAAAAAGAGAUAGAAAGUAAAUAUGGGUCCAGAGAGUGUUUGGGACGCGGCGAUUCAGACGGUUAGCAGGCCUGUGCUAACAAGCUAACAGUUCGUAGGCCCGGGCUAGACAGGGUAGCAGGGGUGUGCUACAGGUGCUCUGGCCGGGCUAGCUUCAAGCUAAGUGGGUGGAAACGCUAGCCAGGAGUAAUCAUCCGGGGUUGCGGUUAGCUAGAUAGCUAGUUGUGAAGAUCCAGCUGAAAAAUGUUCCAUUUGUGGUGGGAAUCCGGGGAUGAAAAAUAAAUAGGUCCGUUAUGCUCUGGUUAGAGUCGCGUUGUUCGAACUGGCAAGAGCUUUCCGAGCUAAAGGUUAGCUGAUGACCGGUUAGCUGAAGACCGCUAGCAUAGCUGGUGGUUAGCUGGCUAGCUUCAGUUGAGGGGUUUCGGUUCCAAGUAAAUAUAAAUACUUUAGGAAAAAUAGCUACAUUGGGUGAGGCGGGUUGCAGGAGAGUAUUUGGAAGCUUAGGUUUAGCAAAAUGUUUUUAAAGAGGUAUGCGAAGAAAAAUAUGUUUAAAAAAAACGAAAAAGACACGAUAUAUACAGGGGACAGGACGACAGGUCGACUUACUGCUACGCCAUCUUGGAAGCAUAAUAUGCAGGACUGCAAGUCACUUUGGAUAAAAGUGUCUGCUAAAUGGAAUUUAUUAUUAUUAUAUUCUAGCUCAUUACUGCAGUUUCAUACCUUAAUACACACGUUCCACAAUCAAUACAUUAUUUGUUGCAGCACAGAGAACUAGCCUGUGGGGUGGAAUAUUUGACUGCAGCCUUGUUUGAUGUGUGUGAGUGUACAUGCAUGUGUGUUCCAGGAAGUCACCUGUUAUUACCUUUGACAGGACAGGGUUAGGUUUAGGUUAAGGUUGUGAGGUUGGGGACAAGCACAGUCCUAUUGUACUCGUUGUGAGGUUGGGGACAAGCACAGUCCUAUUGUACUCGUUGUGAGGUUGGGGACAAGCACAGUCCUAUUGUACUCGUUGUGAGGUUGGGGACAAGCACAGUCCUAUUGUACUCGUUGUGAGGUUGGGGACAAACACUGUCCUACUGUACUUUUGUGAGGUUGGGGACAAGCACAGUCCUAUUGUACUCGUUGUGAGGUUGGGGACAAGCACAGUCCUAUUGUACUCGUUGUGAGGUUGGGGACAAGCACAGUCCUAUUGUACUUGCUGUGAGGUUGGGGGUAAACACUGUCCUGCGGUACUUGCUGUGAGGUUGGGGGUAAACACUGUCCAACUGUACUUACUGUGAGGUUGGGGGUAAACACUGUCCAACUGUACUUGCUGUGAGGUUGGGGACAAACACUGUCCAACUGUACUUGCUGUGAGGUUGGGGGUAAACACUGUCCAACUGUACUUGCUGUGAGGUUGGGGGUAAACACUGUCCAACUGUACUUGCUGUGAGGUUGGGGGUAAACACUGUCCAACUGUACUUGCUGUGAGGUUGGGGACAAACACUGUCCAACUGUACUUGCUGUGAGGUUGGGGGUAAACACUGUCCAACUGUACUUGCUGUGAGGUUGGGGACAAACACUGUCCAACUGUACUCGUUGUGAGGUUGGGGACAAACACUGUCCUAUUGUACUUGUUGUGAUUUUGAGGACAAACACUGUUCUAUUGUUACUGUGAGGUUGGGGACAAACAUGGUCCUGCUGUACUUGUUGUGAGGUUGGGGACAAACACGGUCCUGCUGUACUUGUUGUGAGGUUGGGGACAAGCACAGUCCUGCUGUACUUGUUGUGAGGUUGGGGACAAACACGGUCCUGCUGUACUUGUUGUGAGGUUGGGGACAAACACGGUCCUGCUGUACUUGUUGUGAGGUUGGGGACAAACACUGUCCUGCUGUACUUGCUGUGAGGUUGAGGUGUGGCUGUGUGAAGUUGUCUCAAAGCACCUGCAAUUCUCUUCUGAUAUUUUUCUCUGAAAACAUUUAUAUAUAAUAUUGUGUUUCUCUGCGCAAGUUGGUUACUUUCCAGGGACCCAGACAACUACUGACUACCUUUACUUUACUGUUUGU